AUGAGUGCUGCUUUCCCCAACUUUCCAAUCACAUGCCAAAGAUACUAUUUGAAUCUCCAAAGCAACAUGAAGAUCAGCAACCUCAUAGCAGGACUACUGUGUCUAUUCCUCUCCUUUUCUUGUUUAGCUUCCAACCGGCUUACUCAGACAGUAACCAACACCACCGUGCUUGAUAUUGACGGCCAUGAGCUCCAAGCAGACACAAACUACUACAUACACCCCACCACCAGCGGCAAUGGAGGCGGCCUCGCACUCGCGUCCCGAGACCGGACAUGCCCUUUCUACGUCAUGCAGGAAAACCUGGAACCAUCUAAUGGCCUCCCGCUGCGAUUCUUGACAAUGGAAAACAAACAGCAGUUCAUUAGCUUGUCAACGGAUCUGAACAUUGUAUUCUAUGCAGCUACGAUCUGCGUACAAUCCACGGCUUGGAGACUUGGAGGAAUCGACGAGGUAACCGGAAGGAGGUACGUUAUGAGUGGCGCUGUCACCGGCCAUCCGGGAAUUGAUACUGUUCGUAACUGGUUCAAAUUAGAAAAAUAUGGGGGUGGGAAUGGUUAUAUGAUUGUUUUCUGUCCUAAUGUUUGUAGUUUCUGCAAGGUUGUGUGUGGGAAUGUAGGUGUGUUUUCUGAGAAUGGGAAGAGAUGGCUUGCUCUGAGUGAUCAACCACUUAUAGUUGGGUUCAAGAAAACUUGA